AUGGAGAGCAAAAGAAUGGUGAUGUUUGUGACAAUGAUGAUGAUAGUGAUGGUAAUGGGUAACCUUCUAAAUCAGACAGAAGCUCAACCUCAACCACAACCUUGUCAUCCUUUCAAAAACUUAAUGUGUCUAGGGGUCUGUCUUAUUCCUGUUCAUGAAGCACAAAUACCAAUGCCUUCUCCUUCUUCACAGAUGGUUUCAACGAACGAUAUUAGUCAUAAUGAUUACUAUUGCAAACUUGGUUGUGCAACUCAUCAUUGUGCUCCCCUUUCUUCUACCCAAAAUCCGAAUGUAGACAAAGUUGCGGACUGUGUGGAUUCAUGCUCGGACAAGUGUUCUACCAAGAACUAA